AUCAGUAGCUGUCGUGGCCUAGUAACAAUCACUCUUGAUUGUCUUUUCUUUUGUCAGCUUCUCUCUAUCUGUCUCCUCAUUUAAAAGAUAGCAACAACUAAAAUAAGCAAAACCACAUUUUCUUUCAUUUCUUCUCCUUCGCUCUUUUUAUUUCUAGGCUCAGUACUUGCAGAAAGAGAGAUGAGCAUAAGCAUUUCUUUCUCUGUCUGAGUAAAAGAAAACAAGAACCAUUACUCAUGGAGUUACUAAUGGGUUCGGGUCAGAACCGGACCGAGACGGUUGGUUCCUCCUCCACGGAGUCAUCUUCACUUACUACUGGAUUCAGGUUUGGUCAGAAGAUCGACUUCGAGGAUGGAUCCGGAUCCGGCAAGAACCGGGCUAACAAGUGCCGUAAGUCUGUUACAGCAGCUAGGUGCCAAGUGGAAGGUUGUAGAAUGGAUCUAAGCAAUGCAAAAACAUAUUACUCAAGACACAAAGUUUGUUGCAUUCACUCUAAAUCAUCUAAAGUCAUUGUCUCUGGUCUUCAUCAAAGGUUUUGCCAACAAUGUAGCAGGUUUCACCAGCUUGCUGAGUUUGACUUGGAGAAAAGAAGUUGUAGAAGACGUCUAGCUUGUCAUAACGAAAGAAGAAGAAAGCCCCAAGCAACAACAGCAGCUCUUUUGGCUUCUGGUUACUCUAGAAUCGCUCCAUCUCUUUACGGAAGCGUUUUGGGAGAUCCUACAACGUGGUCAACCGCAAGAUCUGUGAUGGGACGGUCCGCACCGUGGGAUAGCCAUCAACUGAUGAACGUUUUGUCACAGGGAAGUUCAAGGUUUAGUAUAACAUACCCAGAGAUGGUGAACAAUAAUAGCACAGACUCAAGCUGUGCUCUCUCUCUUCUGUCAAACUCAAACACAACUCAGCAGCAGCAGCAGACAUCAACCAAUGCUUACUUGAUGGACGCAGAAAGGGUUACAAUGGCUAAGUCACCGCCUGUUUCAGUACACAAUCAGUACUCGAAACAAACCUGGGAGUUCAUGUCAGGCGAAAAGAGCAAUUGGCCUUGUGUGUCGUCCCCUGUUUUGGGACUGAGACAAAUCUCUGAGCCAGAUGAUGACCUCCAGUUCCUGAUGAGCAAUGGCACCACAAUGGGUGGAUUCGAGCUGAACCUACAGCAGGAGCAGGUUCUGAGGCAAUACUCUUCUACUCAAAAUUUUACUUGGCCUCUUUGAGACUUUCUACCAAGAGCCCUUACCAGUAGAAGGUUGCUAGUUGCUACUAAGACUUGAUAGUCUCAAGAUCUUAUUAAAUUAUAUAUUUUUCUAUGCUACUUAAAACCAGACAAUGGCCUUGAAUCUGGAUAUUAUUUUUAAUGGUUUUGGCUCUUGAUUUUAAGCCAUUUGUUUUUAGUACUGAUGCUAUAUUAGUUUUGUUCACAUUCAACAUAAACGCAGAUUAAAACAUCAUCAUCAUCAUCAUCAUUAAUAUAUAUUGUUAAUAAAAUCUCAGAAUUCCACAUCCUUUUCUCAAUCGACUAUCUAUGAAACCAUGACUAAUAUGGUAACUAGCAACUCGUUACAAUUCUUUAGUAAGCAUCUCUUAGCUUACCUGCUUAUGCAACUGCAAACAGUAUCUUCCUUCCUGUUCAGCCACCGACACAAAGCUUCUGAAAUGAGUUGUGUUUUUGUGCCACCUUAAUCUUCCUAAAGUUCACCACAAACUCUUUUACCACGCCACUGAGAGACUUCUUCAGCCCAUCCCUAAAAUCCUCCAUCAUUUUCAUCAACCUUUCUCUUCUCAUUCUCCGCCUCAACCUCCUCUCUCUUCUUCUUCUCCUUAUGUGGAUCCUCUUUCUUUCCACACAUUCAGCCCUCGAUCUUCUUAUAUCCAUAGUCACUAGCUCAACCUUACCAGACCGUUAUUUACCAAGAGCUGACCCUGGCUUCUAACCCAUUUGCUUCAGUAGCUUAAACCCCACCGUUAGACUUCUCCAAUGUUUGCUCAUCCUCUUCUAUUUGCUUCCUCUCUUUCUACAGUCUUCUUUUCUCGCGCCAACUUAGAUUCUUCAACUUAGAUUCUUUUAACUUUUCAGGUUCCUGCAAAAGUACUAGUCUUUCAACUAGGUUCAAGUGAAUUGAGAUUACGUAUUACAAUACCCACCAAGAUCUCACUCAUCUGUCAAUCUAAUUCCGUGAAAGGACAAGUUUUUAAUCUUCGAAAGUUGAAAACUUUAAACUGAGAUUAACUUUGGAAGUUUGUGUAAGUUCAGGCGGAAUUAACUGAGAUAGGUCUCCUAUGAUAUUCAUCGUGUUUUGCUGCUUCUCCUCCGAGCCCAGUCAGGUUUCUCAUCGGUUCUGCCAUUGCCGACAGAGCUUGUGACGACGACCAACUAAAACUAAAAGAAAAGAGAAGGGAGCAACUGUUAAUGGGCUUUAUUAUUAGGCCCAAUAAGAUGAUCUUGUCGAUGCUAAAGAAUAUCUGAAACCCCUGUAAGUUAUCAUAAUAUAAUCAUCUCCAACACAAUAUUUGCUUCUAGGCACCAUCAAAUUAUUAUUAUUUUUUCUAUUCAGGAUAUAGUCAAAUGUGACAAUCAAUAUUAUUUAUAGAAAAAAAUCUCUAAUAAUUCUAGACUACGAUUUCAUUUGAUUAAAUAAGUUUAAUAUUGAGGGCUCUCUCGAAUUCUCUCUUCCUUUUCCCUGUUCACAUAUUCUUAUCUUUCACAGGGAGAAAGAGAUUUGCCUUAUGUUUUGUUGUAAAAUACUUCUCUAUAUCUUCGCUUAGGCGAUUUUAGUUUCCGCUUGGCAGAUUUUUAAACUUCGUUUGGCGAUUUUGAAGUGUAAUCUCAAUACAUAUUUGGGUUUGUUCUUCACGCUUUAUCUUCUCCUUAUUUGUAUUGAGAUAAAUAAAGUUCACGUUCUCUUCUUUCACAAAGAAAUGUUUAGAUUCUAUUUGUUCGGUGUUUGGGCUUUCUCUUUCUUCUCAGCUAUGCACUUAAUCUUUUCUUAAGAGAAUUUUUACUCUUCUUCUAUGGAGCUGUUAGAUGGCUUAUGAGUAAAGUAUCUCAGCAGAAAGGAAGCAGUGAUGAUGGAUAUGGCCUCAGCUGAUUUGGAAGGAGAUCUAGCGGAGUCGGCAUAUUCUCUAUAGCCUGAAGAUGGUCUGACAAAAGUUCUCUUAUCCGGUUAUUUGAGCAUUCUCAGAGUUAACAUUUGAUGUAGACGGAGAUCCUGAAUACGAGCAAAGGUUUGGGUGAAAAGAGGAGUUCGGAGAGUACAAAUCGAUGAAGAUGCAAGCUUGCGGCAGAAAAGACAAAGCUUCAAUCUACGACGGCACUCGAGAAUUGCCGGUGGAGGAGCUCAGUUCAGAAUUGCAUGUUCUCUUUCAGCCAUGUGUUUGUAUCUUUAGUAUUAAGUUGCCACGUAUGUAUAACGUGGAAGCCCUAAAAAUUAUACUCCUUUUAGUCCUUUGGGAUUUAUAAAAUUAAAAAGUUUGACAAAAAAAAAAUAAGUUUAAUAUUGGACUUAACUAUUGGCGGGUUGAGCCAACCCGUGCAGUAGUGAAACAUAUGGGCGACUUUUGAAAACCCAGAUAGCAAGCUAUCUUAAUAGGUCUUUUCCCUUAAAAAUUGAGUUAAUAUCGAGUGGGCCGAUGACCCAUAUAUCAAAUAUUAAACUGAUAAGAACAGAUACUACACUUAGGUGGGGGUAUUGGAUUUAGAAAUUUGAUAGAAUUUGAAAGAAUUAUGGUUUCCAUUAAAUUCUAGUGUUAUUCAAUUGUGUAUUUUAUCAAUUCUUUUAAAUUCUUGUGUUAUUCAAUUGUGUAUUUUACCAAUUCAUUUAAAUUCUAGUGUUAUUCAAUAUUUGCUAGAUUUAAUAGGAAUGUUAUUUGAAAGGAAUUUAAUGGAAAAUGUAAUGUAAAAUGCAAAGGAUCAAUUCCUUGCUUUUAUGAAGGGAUUUGUUAUUUUUAGAACCAA